CAUUGAUGAUGCUCUAUUUGCUCUUCUCGUUUUUCUACCUUCUUUUAAUUUGAGAGAGUACAGCCUUCUUCUUUUUUCUUUGCUCUCAAUUGCAUUGCAUCUUUUAAUCCUUUUUCUUUUCUAUUCUUAAAAUAUACCUUACUGAUCUUGUUCAAUUAAUUGUUUUUGUUGUGUUCUACGAACUAGGCUGGAGAAAUUGAACAAGUUGAUCUUAUUCACGACCAUCUCCAGGAAAAAUCCAAUAAACAUCGACGUUAAUAUCUUUGAACCAUACUUUUCUUCGCGCCUCCUCCUUUUUAAUGCCUUUGAUUCCAUUGAUACCCUUUUCUUCUUAAUACAUUGGAGGAGCAUCUUGUGUCUCUUUACUUCAUUUUACCGGAUAACUGCUGGCGACACAAACAAUUUACCCCGUACAGUCAUCUUACUCCGUACAAGCCUACCGAAGCUUUGAUGCGACCCUUCUUGAAAAGAACUUAUAUUACCAUUUUUCCCCGUGUUAUUUCAUUUCUGCAGAUGUAGGGAAUACAUUUCUUUCGCGCGAUACUUCAAUUCGAGUGUACUGACAAAUAUCCCAGCUCAUGGGAAAAUACUGGUUUAAAUUUACGAGGAGGACAAUGGCGCAAAAAAGGCCAAGUGUGCCGGCAUCGAAUGAUCAUAAACUAUCUUGGUUUCGAAAGUUCAUCUUUCCUAAGAAGGAUGAGCACCAUACGCCACCAAGCUCUCCACCCAACGCUCCGCCGAACGAGGCUCAACCGCCAGGGUUAGCUCGUCGAAUUUCGAGAAGGGUUGUCCCUGGACUUCCAAGAGCGGGCACCUUUAAACGACAACAAUCGGAGCUGAGGGAUAGAUUGGAACCGGUCAAGCCAAACCCUGAUGAAAGGCGGACAGCUUCAGUGGAUCGUCGACUAAAUAAUUUGCAUCGCUCAUCUUCGACUGCUUUAAAUCGUGGUCCAAGAACCAGCGCUCCUGAAUUUCUGGAAAGGACGGAGACUCUCGACAAUACGUUUGAUAGUGUAACUGUGGUAGCACCUACGGCAACCACAAAUAAACAUGAGAAUGAAUCUCAAAGUUAUGUGGAUGUUUCGAAGGAGGAUAAGCGGGGCUCACAUAUCGAAGAACAAUCGAUCUCUACAGAUACAUUUGAUGAGAUAAUACUUGAGGAGCUGGAGAAGAAAUGGAUCUUGAAUUUGAGCAUGCAUUUUCGAGACAAAUCUAAAAGAGAAAAGUUCUUUGUUACAUAUGCAGAAACACCGACACAUUGGCGAAGGGUCACAAUCUCCCUGGAUUAUAGAAAUGCACCGAGUAAUUCCCUGGAGGAGGAGCUACAGCGGACAAGGUUCCAGAGAGACAAAAGUGCGCGCAUUUAUGAAGCUAUUCGCGAAUCACUUCCGGACAUACAAUUCUACGACACUGUGACAAACCUCAAGUUAGAGACACAGGAGGAAAGACUUCACGUUCAUGUCGUGGAAGAUCUCUCCGAAGUCAUUCACUAUCCUCCGGUGAAGGCUCUUAACCACCUUCCAUGUCACAGAGUUCUCGAAUCAGAGCUUGAAUUUGAUUCACAUCUAUCCGGCUUCGUUUACAAAGUUAUCGUGGGCGGGCAAGUCUUUAUCAAAAAAGAAAUCCCAGGACCAGAUCAAGUGGAAGAAUUUUUAUAUGAGAUUAAUGCCCUACACAAACUUUCCGGAUCUCAUAGUGUGAUCCAAUUUGGCGGUGUCGUACUUGAUAAUGAAGCGAAAUGCGUGAAAGGUCUUCUGAUUAGCUUUGCCGAGCAAGGAGCAUUGAUUGACGUUAUUUAUGAUGCCGAUGGUGGGAUUCCCUGGGAAAGACGGGAGCGUUGGGCCAAACAAAUUGUUCAUGGACUUUCCGAAAUUCAUGAGGCGGGCUUCGUUCAAGGAGAUUUCACUUUGUCUAAUAUUGUUAUAGAUGCGGAUGAUAAUGCAAAGAUUAUCGAUAUCAAUCGACGAGGUUGUCCGGUUGGGUGGGAACCUCCAGAGAUUGCUGCAUUACUCGAAAGCAAUCAGAGAAUAUCGAUGUACAUAGGCGUCAAAUCCGAUCUGUAUCAACUUGGUAUGGUUCUCUACGCAUUGGCCACUCAGCACGAUGAACCAGAAACUCAAAGACCGUUAACAUUGUCGACUUUUCCCCCUGAUGUACCGAGCUAUUUCCUGGAAGUUUGUGGUCGUUGCCUUAGCGAGGAUCCCCGAAAUCGAUUUCAAGCUUCAGUUUUGCUAAGCAUCUUUCCUGAAAUUGAUGAUUAUCGUGAUUUCUAUGAAGAUCAAUCGCCAACCCCUAUUGUCAUAGAUGUUAAGCAUGCCGAUGAAGGGGAACUUUUGGUCACGGUUCAUGAUAAUAACGAGGAACACGAAAAGGAUGUACCAGAAAGAGGUCGGUCACGUUCUAAACCUUAUUCACCACCAUUCAUGGCAUCCAGAUCACCAGAAGCUUUGAUUACAGAUUUUGAGACACAAAAUAUCAGACCAUCACAGAUUCAAUUACCCUCAUCACUUUCUGGGUCUGAUUAUUCCAAAGAUCAAUCCGACCAGCAGCAGGAUAAUUAUCAAAAUACUUCAACUAUAGAGAACUCAACAUUAGAGACUCGACGUCAAGAUUCUGAACGUCGAUCGUAUUCAGAAAAGGAUACGACUGAUAUCCAGUCCAAUCCAACGACAGAACAAGCGCGAAAUACAGCAGCGACACCUAAUAUAUCAAUGGCAUAUGCAGGGGAUUUGGCACACAUUGGAACCGGCGUCGAUGGUGCACAUAUGGGAUCCUUUACAUUUGGAGCGGUUAACCUAGAUGAUGAUGAUUUAACGAUAGAUAACGAUGCAGGCAAUGUUUUCUAUAUGACGGAGGAAAAGAUAUCAGUUGUAUAGCAUGACAUCGUAAAGGAUGUGAGGAACAAAUAUGCUUUGGAUGGACAUUUUCACGCAACUAAUAUAAUGACUUCUUUUCUUUCCAUGGAUUGCACAUGUAAUUUGUGUUUGGAUCUUUGACUGGGUGGCAGGUACUCUCUUUUAAUCGUUGGUGCUUCGAAAGUGUACGAAUACGAUACCAAGAAUAUGAAGGGAAAUACAGCUGAGCUGAACGAACAGGCCCGAAUGAACGAUGAGAUGAUUAUCAGUCUUGAGGCCCUUCCUAUUGACUCUUCUGUUCUACUGAUCGAUAUCAUAGCCGCUUCCCGCAAUAUUGAUGCUUUUCUUUUCCUAAGAAUGUCCAUGAAAUCUAUGA